AUGGUACCCACCGAGUUCGCACAUCGGCCAAAAGGCCAGUUGAAGGGGAAACUGCAGCGAUCGACGAGGGACCUCGUCGGUCGUUCAACAGCCAUGUGGGAUAAUUCAAAAUAUCGCUACCAUCAAUCUACAAUGGAAAUAUGGCACAAAUCGGCAGACACAAUAAAUGAUUCGAAAGAUCGGUGUCAUCAGUCAGUUAAAUUGAUGCUAUAUCGAUCGGUGUCGAAAUGGAACCAAUCAGCAGAUCAGUUACACCGAGUAGCUCGUAUCGAAGACACGACACAAUAUGUUCCAGCGCGCGAUGGGCAAACCCAAGAGCAAACACCCCCACAGUCACCCCCGCAAUCCCGAUUCUACUCCCGGGCACUCAAUUCGCAAUCAACAGCCUCAUCGCCAAACCCAAAGACCACAUUACCCUCCACACAAGCGGCAUCAAUCAAAUCUACCUCGGUCAUUGAAUCUUCACUUUCUCCGGAGGAGCAGAUCAGAGUGUUUCACGAAGCAACUGUACCCGUCAAUUCCACGGUGAAGCAGGCAAGACAGUUGCGGGAUGACAAAAGAACGGCCCUGGGUGAGAUCGAGCUUGAGUGGGUCAACUCGGCUAUCACCGAUGCCGAAAAUGCCGCAAAUGACUUAGCUGCGUUUGUGAAGCAGUUUAAACAAACCAGCCCCCAAUACCGCAGCAUCUGGAAGCGUCGUGACUAUGAAGUUGCUCUGAGAAAGCAAUCCCACAUGCUUCUUUCUCAUGGCAAAGUCAAGACAGUUCUUAGUCACCUUGGCUCACUACAAACAACUUUGGGCAAGGAUGAAGUUUUUUUCUCUCCAUCUGAGGUUUCGACGGUUCUUUCUCCGAUUUCAGAACUUCCGUGUGAGACCAGUGUCAUAUCAGUCUUCGAACUUCCAUGUAUAUCACCUGCGAAAACUGAGCGACCUAUCCCAAAAAUCGUGGUGACACAAUAUGACGGUGAUCGUGACGAUAAUGAAUUAUACUCCCAUGCCGUAGAAAGUCCUCCCCCAAGCUACGAAGCAAAUGGAAUGAAUAGCAUGGCAGAGUUACCGUGA